UCGUGCCGAGGAUCUGAUUGGCCGACGAAUUCCAGAUGCGGACUUUGGAUCUGCACUCCGCGACGUCGACUUCUUCCUCUUCUUAGUUCACCAUCUCUCUAAACACAAGCAAUGGCCCGCUCAGCAAUAGUCCAGGAAUACUCAUCAUCAACACCAACCCUCACCCUCGACGAGAGAACCGCCCUCGAACGCCAGAGCAAUGGCAUCCCUCGUCCACAAGGCUACCGAGUCUCAUGGCACGCCAACCCAGCAGUCGAACCACACCACUUCGGCCAGUCACAUCCCAUGAAGCCAUGGCGAUUAACACUCACAAAACAACUGGUGAUGGCAUACGGCAUGCACCACGCCAUGGAUCUCUACCUAGCGCGCGCCGCAACAUACGAAGAAAUGGCCGACUUCCACAAAUCAGACUACCUCGAUUUCCUCCAACAAGUGAUCCCAGGCGACAUCGAGAACGCAGACCAAAGCGAUAACGUCGCGCGCUUCAACUUCGGCGACGACUGCCCAAUCUUCGACGGCCUGUACAACUACUGCUCCCUCUACGCAGGCGGCACCAUCGAUGCCGCCCGGAAACUCUGCAACAACCAAUCCGAAAUCGCAGUAAACUGGUCCGGCGGCCUGCACCACGCCAAAAAAGCAGAAGCAUCGGGCUUCUGCUACGUCAACGACAUCGUCCUCGGCAUCCUACAGCUCCUCCGCCACCACCCGCGCGUCAUGUACAUCGACAUCGACGUGCACCACGGGGACGGCGUCGAGCAAGCCUUCUGGUCCACAGACCGCGUCCUCACCGUCUCCUUCCACAAAUACGACAAAGACAACUUCUUCCCGGGCACCGGCGCCCUCGAAUCCACAGGUCCAAACCACCCCUUAAACCCAGGCGCCCACCACGCCCUCAACGUGCCCCUCCACGACGGCAUCGACGACGACUCCUACAUCCAACUCUUCCAAGAAAUCGUCGGCGCAUCCGUCGAAACCUACCGCCCCGGCGCCAUCGUCCUCCAAUGCGGCGCAGACUCCCUAGGUUGCGACCGCCUGGGCUGCUUCAACCUGAACGUCCGCGCUCACGGCGCCUGCGUCGCCUUCGUGAAAACAUUCAACCUGCCCCUCCUCGUCUGCGGCGGCGGCGGCUACACACCGCGCAACGUAUCCCGCGCCUGGGCCCACGAAACCUCCAUCCUUAUCGACGCGCAGGACAUCAUCGAUCCGCACAUCCCGACCUCCGUGUCCUUCCGCAACCACUUCGGGCCGGACUUCUCGCUGUUCCCGCCGUUAUCUGAGAUGCGGCGACUUGAGAAUCGGAAUUCACGACCCUAUCUGGCUACUCUUGUGCAAGCGGCGAGGGAGCAGUUACGGUAUAUACAGGGGGCGCCGAGUGUGCAGAUGAGUUUUAUUCCGCCUGAUAUUCUGGGGUUGAGGGAAGAUACGGAACAGGCAAUUGAUGAGGAGACUGCUGAGAUUGAGGAGGAGCGCGAGGAGCGCGAGGGUGGUGGGAAUGGGGUUAUUCGGGCGAGGAAUAAUCGGAGAAGGGAGUUGGAGAGGGGGGCUGGGUAUCGGGGGGAGUUAUAUUCAUAACCUUUGCUCCUUUUCUUUUGUGUUUGUUGGUCAUAAAACGGCGUCUGGUUCUGGAGUUACGGUUGCAAGAUAUCCCUGGUGGGUGGCAUCAAAACCUGGAUACAUGAUGAUUUAUUUGUCUAUCAACCCGGUAUCUCUUUAUGCACAUGAUUCAAUAUUCAAGUAUUAUUCCCAAACCAUAUCUCUCCCGCGCAUCCAUCUUCCAAACUUUUCCAGUCUUUGUAAAAUCAAAUCGGGUAUCCAGCAUAUUGUAUAUAAAUGUAAGUAAAUCAGUCGACAAGAAGAUAAAAUGCUGUGUUGAACACACUUCCAAACCCUGGCAUCGGGGCCCACAAGGAUCAUCACGACCGCCCGUAGUCUUCUGAGCAGGUUAGCUACCCCGGUCCAG